AUGUGGCCUGCAGAUGUAUUGGUGUCCCCAGUGAUCCCGUAUCCACGUUUUACUGAUCUCGGACCCGGUCAACUUGCGGAUUUGUAUUUGACCGUUCGCCAGAUUGCUGCACCGCUGGUAAAACACUUCAACGCGACCAGUUUGACCAUCUCCAUUCAGGAUGGCAAAGAUGCGGGUCAGAGUGUUCCGUCCACAACAUGUCCGUGUGUGACUCCUAUACGUUUUCUCAUUCUGCAGCAUGUCCACGUCCAUGUGCUCCCACGGAAACCGAAUGAUUUUCCGCGCAACGAUGACAUCUAUCAAGCGCUACAAGAGCAUGACCAACUGCCUAAUCGAGUCUAUCGAACCGAGGAGGCAAUGGCCGCGGAGGCCGCGGAAUUCCGCACCCUGUUCUAUAAAAACUAA